AUGGCGCAAACGAGGCAGAAUGGUUCGGAGAGACUCCCUCCCCGCUAUAUUGCCCGCCAGCUCGUCAUGCCUUUGCCCCUCGCUAACUCGUCCCAACUUCAUCUCCAAGCAAUGGCCACCGCUGUCCCGCCGGCGAAUUGGGACAAAGCGCGGUAUAGGAGACGAUCGUUGAGCAACCAGCUGCCUCCAAAGACGCCGGUAACAUACACAGCCGCCCCUCUCCGUCCAAUCUUGAAGAACCGCUCGCCGUCUUAUCACCAACAACCGCAGCCCGUGCCGUCGCAGUAUCGCACCAGCUCAUACUACCGUCACCACCAAAAGAGUUACUCAGAAUGCGGGCACAGCCAACCAACAAAGAGCCAUUCGGUCGCAGGCGACCACCAGACUGUCCCUUUGGUCGGCGUGUCGAAGAUUAGGAGUCAGCGGGCUGCUGCUGCCGCUGCUAGCGAACAGGGGACCGUGCGCAGCGCCAAAUCGGUGUAUAGCUGUCCUUCGGCAGCGUCGUCGGUGUACAGCCAGGCUAGUUAUACCGGCGAGGUGCCCAAGGAACCGCUGCCGACGCAGCGAACCCCUGAACCCCAGCAAGAGGCGGUUCCUCUUUCUCAAGCUUCCUCGCCGCCUCCUCCAGCUUCUUCUGCGCCUGUAACGCCAUCACCCCCACCACCACCAGCCGAGGUCCCUGAAGAACCGAUAACAAAUCCCGACGCGACGACAAUAGACUCGUCAUCUGUCCCUGAACCUCAGCAACAGGAUUGCAUCGACAAAGACGGCUCUGGAUGGCCUCCACGAGGCUGGAAUGUCUACAUCUCAGCCAUGACAGCUCAACUUGAACAAUCUGACAUCCAACAUCAACAACAACAGCAAUUACAAGAACAAGCUCAAAACGCGGAGGAGCCCCGAAUCGAGGAGUACAUCUUCGAUCAAGAGACGUUGACUUUUAUUCAUCCAUCAAGUCAACGAAAGUCUAGGCCGCUGCAUGAAGUAGUGGAUCAGCCAGAGUCGUCUGCGUCUACAUCAGUGGGUUUAGCUUCGUCUACUGCUUUGCCACCAGAGCCAGAACCAGCGCCAGCGGUUGUCUCCACUCCCCCUCCUGCAUCGCAGAACACACCCACCGUCUCCGACCCCGCCUCCUUUACGAAACAGAAAUCAACAAGCACCGUCUCACUCUCAUCACGCAAAUCCUCGAUCUCGUCCAAACUUCGCUGGUCAUGGCGUAAACGAUCAAAAUCGGUAUCAGAGAACACCCCGCCCGUGCCGUCGAUCCCAGCAAUCGCUACUACCACCGCUUCUUCCCCCGCGCCAGAUUCUGGUUCCACCGCCAACCCCAACGGUGCAGCAGAUCCGAACGCCCCUAGGAGUAGUCGACGCGAACGUGACCGAGGACGCGAAUCACCCGCUGGGAGCUAUGAACUGCAAAUCGACCGACGACUCUCAGCUGCGUACACCCGUUACCCAGCGGUAGACGGACCCACAGGCAGUACGAGCAAGGACUCGUUCAAAGUCCUGUCAAGGCCCCAACCCACACCCGUCCAGAACCCCAAAUCCCAUCUCCGCGCGUUCAGCGAGGGUGCGAUCCCCGCUAGCGAUAGUUUUGCGAGUCUGGGAGCGUCGUUUGAGACGCAGAGUUCGCAGUACUCUACUUCUGACUCUGCUCAGAUUCAGUCUUCGUCUGGUUCCCAGACCCAUUCGCCCUCGAAUCCACCACAGCCUUCCUCUUCGUCCGUCCCGCAGGAGAGGGCGAGAAACCUGAGCCAGCAACCCUCGUUCUCCUCGGUGUACUCCUACUCCCACCUCCCGGGUGGACCGCCGGUCGUCCUGUGCGACCCCGAACCUGAACGUGUACAGCCCUAUCCGAGGGCUUCGAUUGACGCGUACGAGAGACCUGGAUCGUACGUAUAUGCUGGGAGUGUAUGUUCUUCCGCUGGGGCAGGUGGGAGGAGAUACUCGGUCGACAUGAGUGCGGGUCAUCAGGGUGUUGGAAUCCAAAAUGGGAUGAACGGCAACGGUGGUGGUGAGGUGGGAGGAGGGAGUGAGAGUGGUGCGAACGGCGUGUGUGGAGGCAGUCGAAGUGCGAAUGGUAGUACGGGCAGUACAGGAAGCGGUAGUGGAAGUGGAAGUGGAACUGAAAGCUCUAAUUCAUCUAUCCUCAAGACGCCCAGUGAUAUGAGCUCGCUGGACGCACUCCCCUCGUCUAAAGGGUCAGGCGCCGUCUCCCCCGAUGCGAAUGCAACCGCGAGCCCAGCUGCAAACCCCACUUCGAGCGCGACUGGCACCGUCGACUCGAAUGCGAAUACUUCGACCCUAACCUCAGCCACAACCCCAGCCUCGAGUGCAAAAACCCAACCAAACGCAGAUCCGAACGACCCACUCGCACACAUCUCGAACCACGUCCGCAAGAAAUCCGUCCUAAGUGGGAGCAGGAUGUCCAUGUCCAACGGUGUGAUGAACGAGAACGAGGCGAGGAGGAGGGAGGCCAAUGGGAGUCCUGUGCCGUGGAAGACGCGGAUGUGGAUGGGUGCGAGUGGGAGUGCGUCGAGGAGUGGUACUGGUUCCCCUGGAAGCGGUAGUGCAGGCUCGGGUGCGAGUGCAAGGAGGAGUGGUGGUGGUGGGAGACCGAGGAGUUUGAAAUCGACGUAUCCGGUUGCGAGUUCGCCUCUUGCUUCUGGGCCGUCGACUUCGAUACUUGACGCUGAUAUUCCGCCGCUACCCUCGUCUAGUAAGAGUGUCCCUACUUCACCUGUCACAUCACCUGUCCAUUCGCGCACCAACUCGACGGUCUACUCUCCUUCCUCCGUCUACUCCCCCGCACAGUCACCUCCCACAUCGGCGCUGUCGAGUCCGAGAACGAGCGUGUUCUCGAACCCUGGGACGAGCAUGUUUUCGAGCGCCAUUACGCGGAAUAACGCCAGUACCUCUACGAACGGCACGGUGGUGGGUGUACUGGCCAACGGUCCUUCCUCGUCCUCGACGAACGUAUCCACGAUGUCGGGUUCGACUGUCAUAGCGCCUAAUGGCGCAUAUACUGGUGGACCAGCAAGUGGUAUCGGGUACGGAUACGAUACGCAUACUCCCGUGUACGACUAUGGGCUUGGUGCAGGUGUAGCGAGUCCCAUCGGGUACGCGGGGAGUGGGUCCUACGCGGAUAGUGCGAAUGGGAGUGAAGGUGUGGGGUAUGAUCAGUAUGGAGGGUUCGAUCCCUAUAGUGCGUAUGGGAGUCCGAGUGAGAGUUUGAGUGCUCUUGGGAGUGGGGUUCUGAAUGGGCCUACUGCGAUUGGGAGUGGUGGUAAUACGAGUGGGAGUGGGAUUGGAGGUGCUGGGGCAGGGAAGAACUUGAAGGGCGGUUCACAGGUGAAGAGAGGACCGUCCAAGUUGAAGAAGAAGAGGAAGGCGCCGUUGGUGUUUGAGUUUGUGCAGCCUCAUCAUUGA